UGCUGUUUUGUUUAAAAAAAGCUAGAUCUCUUAGUGAAUUGGUUUUGUUCAUCUGCCUUCCUCAUGAAGCUUUUUUUGCAAGUCAUUGAAGCCCGAGGUCUCGUUGCGCUGGAUCUUAAUAGGUUGAGUGAUCCCUAUGUGAGAUUAAAGCUUGGGAAGCAGCGAGCAAAGACUAAGGUUGUGAAGAAGAGCUCCAAGCCAUGGUGGGAAGAAGAGUUUUUCUUCCAGGUUGAAGACCUUGGGGAAGAACUGACUGUUUCAGUAAUGUAUGAGGACAAGUGCUUCAAUGGCGAUUUUAUUGGACAAGUUAAAUUGCCGUUGUCUAUGGUCUUGGAUGCAGAGAAUCAUUCUCUUGGGACUGCUUGGUAUCAACUGCAGUCCAAGAGUAAGAAGGCGAAGAACCGAGAAUGUGGAGAAAUUCGUCUAGCCAUGUCACUUUCUCAGAAGAAUUCUUGUGAUGGAACACCUCCUUGGUCUUCUUGGGUAGAUCUAACAUCAAAUUCAGAUAAAUCCUCAGAACUGAAACGAGAAAUACCAUCAGUAGAAUCCAGUAGUAAAAUGGACUCUUAUGCUGUAUCUGAGGAUGAAGAAGUCAAUCUUGAUAUAGAAGAGAAGUUGCGUGGUCAAUCAUUGCGUGAGAGAAUGUCUAAGAUUUUUUCUAGGAAGAAUGUGAGCAUUUCAACAUCCUCAAGUAAAGAUUCUGAUAUCACUGAAAUAAACCAAGAGAAACCACUAAAUCUCGAGCCUGAUGAAACACUGUUACCUGAUAAUUUUUCUGAGUCUUUGAAAUUCUUGAAGUCAAAAGAACAGGGAAGUGAAGUACCAGAAAAUUUACCUGGGGGAGUACUUCUUGACAAGCAUUAUGCAAUCUCCCCAGCUGUGCUGAACUCUCUUAUCUUCUCACCUGAUUCAAAACUUUUACAAUCCUUAGCAGAUGUUCAGGGAACUACUGAUUUAUGUAUGGAACCCUGGAAAUUUGAAAAUGGCGGAGAGAGCCUGAAAAGAGUGCUCACCUACAUAAAAGCUGCAACUAAAUUAGUUAAAGCAGUGAAAGCUACAGAGAGUCAGACUUAUCUAAAGGUUGAUGAUAGAAACUAUGCUGUUUUAGCAAGUGUGAGUACUCCUGAUGUUCCGUUUGGUAGUUCUUUCAGGUGUGAAGUUUUGUACUGUAUAAUGCCUGGUCCUCAAUUGCCAUCUGAAGAGCAAUCAUCUCAUUUAGUGAUUUCAUGGCGCAUUAAUUUUCUUCAGAGUACAAUGAUGAAAGGUAUGAUUGAAAAUGGUGCAAAGCAAGGCCUGAAAGAAAACUUUGUUCAAUUUGCUGAGGUGUUAUCUCUGAAUGCUAAAACUCUUGAUUUGAAAGAUGCUGGAUCCAGAAAAGAGCAGAUUUUGUCUUCUAUGGAGACCGAGCCAGAGUCUGAAUGGAAGUUGGUGUGUAGAAUUUUUGGCAAUUUCACUAUAAUAUCCUUCAUAUUGGCUGUUUUGUGUGUUACUGUGCAUAUACUACUUGCAAACCGUAGUUCAAUACAGGGGCUUGAGUUCAUAGGCCUAGAUUUGCCAGAUUCUAUUGAAGAAGUAAUGGUCUGUGGAGUCUUGUUUCUCCAAGGAGAACAUGCUUUAAAGAGGAUAGGUCAUUUUCUGCAGGCAAGGAGGCUAAGAGGGAAUGAUCAUGGAGUAAGAGCUGAAGGAGAUGGUUGGUUGCUAACAAUUGCUUUGAUCGAGGGAAUUAAUUUUGCAGCAGCUGAUUCAUCUGGUUACUCUGAUCCAUAUGUAGUGUUUACCUGCAAUGGCAAGAGAAAGACAAGCUCAAUUAAAUUCCAAACUCUGGAUCCUCAAUGGAAUGAAAUAUUUGAAUUUGAUGCAAUGAAUGAUCCCCCAUCUACAAUGGACAUUAAAGUGUUUGAUUUUGAUGGACCUUUUAAUGAAGCUGUUGCCCUGGGCAAUGCUGAAGUCAAUUUUGUGAAGAAUAAUCUAUCAGAACUGGAAGAUGUAUGGAUUGCCUUAGAAGGAACAUUAGCCCAGGCAUGCCAAUCUAAGUUGCAUCUGAGGAUCUUUUUAAGCAACACACGAGGAGACCGAGUUGUCUCGGACUAUCUAACAAAGAUGGAGAAAGAAGUUGGUAGAAAGAUAAAUUUGCGUUCACCUCAGACAAAUUCAGCUUUCCAGAAGCUAUUUGGUCUGCCACCCGAAGAGUUUCUUAUCAAUGAUUUUACUUGUCACUUGAAGAGGAAAAUGCCGUUACAGGGUCGUUUGUUUCUAUCUCCAAGGAUUACUGGAUUUUACACAAAUCUCUUUGGACACAAGACAAAAUUUUUCUUUCUAUGGGAAGAUAUUGAGGACAUUCAAGUUAUUCCUCCCUCUUUGAAAUCAAUGGGAAGCCCUUCUCUUCUGAUUAUUCUUCGCUGUGGUAGAUGCUUAGAUUCAAGGCAUUGGGCAAAGUCAGUAGACCCAGAUGGAAAGCUAAAAUUCCACUUCCAAUCAUUUGUUUCUUUCAAUGUGGCUAACCGGCUAAUCAUGGCACUAUGGAAGGCAAGGUCCCUAAGUCCUGAACAGAAGAUGAAGAUAGCAGAAGAAGAAUCCGAAGAUAACAACCUCCAAUCUGAAGAAAGUGGAUCAUUCUUCACCAUAGAAGAUGCUAAAAUGUCUGAAGUUUUCUCCUCCGUUGUUCCUGUACCUAUGAAGUCACUCUUAGAAAUGUUUGGAGGAGGCUGUCUGGAGCAAAAGCUGAUGGAAAAAGUUGGCUGUGUUGAUUACUCUUUCACGCCAUGGGAAUCUGUCAGAUUGAACGUGCACCAGAGGCAGAUCCACUACAAAUUUGAUAAGAACAUCUCCCGUUAUGGUGGAGAGGUAACCAGUACACAGCAAAGAUCUCAUCUUCAUGAUAAAAAUGAAUGCAUGAUCGAAGAAGUCAUGACACUCCAAGGUGUUCUUCUCGGCGAUUACUUCACUCUUCAUUUGAGAUAUCAGAUUGGUGAUCUUCAAUCCAAAUCGAAGGCAUGUCUUGUCCAAGUAUUGUUAGGCAUUGCUUGGUCUAAAAACACCAAGCAUCAGAAGAGGAUAAUGAAGAAUGUUAUUUCCAACUCAUCACUUCGUCUCAAAGAGAUGUUUCGUUUGUUCACAAAAGAGUUUUCCAUGGAAAAAUGAAAGUUUUCCAACAUUUACUCCCUUAUAACAUCAUGAAUAACAGCUGGUGGAGUCUGAUUAGUUUUUAGCACUAUUAAACCUGAACGGUUUUGCUUUUGAGAAUGAGACAAAAAAUCAAAAGUCUCCUUUUAGUUUUUUUUCUCUCUCUAGGAAGUAGAUUCACAUGUACAUUGGUUAUGUAUAGAAAAGACUAACUUUUAUAAUCCCUUUCUGAACUGUUGGCAGAGAUCAAACUGAUCAGAUUUUGCAGUUUUUAGUUCAAAAUUGAAGUUUGAACUCAUUUAACAUAUACUUUGAUGUAAAGAG